AUGUGUGUCUUCCUGGAGCUCUGCAAGGCACCCUCCCUGCAUCCAAGGCCUGUGCUCAAGAGCUCCCUCCACAAGGGCUCCCCCCACAAGGGCUCCCUCCACAAGGGCUCCCCCCACAAGGGCUCCCCCCACAGAGAUUCCCCCCACAAGAGCUCCCCCCACAAGGGCUCCCCCCACAAGGGCUCCUCCCAUAAGGGCUCCCUCCACAAGGGCUCCCUCCACAAGGACUCCCUCCACAAGGGCUCCCUCCACAAGGGCUCCCCCCACAAGGGCUCCCCCCACAAGGGCUCCCUUCACAAGGGCUUCCCCCACAAGGGCUCCCUCCACAGAGAUUCCCCCCACAAGGGCUCCCUCCACAAGGGCUCCCCCCACAAGGGCUCCCCGCACAAGGGCUCCCCCCACAAGAGCUCCUCCCACAAGGGCUCCCCCCACAAGAGCUCCUCCCACAAGGGCUCCCUCCACAAGGGCUCCCUCCACAAGGGCUCCCCCCACAAGGGCUCCCCCCACAAGGGCUCCCUUCACAAGGGCUUCCCCCACAAGGGCUCCCUCCACAGAGAUUCCCCCCACAAGGGCUCCCUCCACAAGGGCUCCCCCCACAAGGGCUCCCCGCACAAGGGCUCCCCCCACAAGAGCUCCUCCCACAAGGGCUCCCCCCACAAGAGCUCCUCCCACAAGGGCUCCCUCCACAAGGGCUCCCUCCACAAGGGCUCCCCCCACAAGGGCUCCCCCCACAAGGGCUCCCUUCACAAGGGCUUCCCCCACAAGGGCUCCCUCCACAGAGAUUCCCCCCACAAGGGCUCCCUCCACAAGGGCUCCCCCCACAAGGGCUCCCCGCACAAGGGCUCCCCCCACAAGAGCUCCUCCCACAAGGGCUCCCUCCACAAGGGCUCCCUCCACAAGGGCUCCCCCCAUAAGGGCUCCCCCCACAGACAGAGUCCACACAGCCCACUCGAACCAGGGGGCCGGGCCAAGCUCUGUGUGAUUGAGUGGGUACAUUUUUUGGGGCCAGCCUGUGAUCUCAUGACCCAGGGGAUUUUGGCUUUGGUCACGUCUACCGGCUGUGCAUCCGCCAACGCCCUGCAGUCCCUCACAGACGCGAUGCACAUCCCACACCUCUUUGUCCAGCGCAACCCAGGAGGGUCACCACGCACUGCCUGCCACCUGAACCCUAGUCCUGACGGUGAGGCCUACACGCUGGCCUCGAGACCGCCUGUGCGCCUCAAUGACGUCAUGCUCAGGCUGGUGACAGAGCUGCGCUGGCAGAAGUUCGUCAUGUUCUACGACAGUGAAUACGAUAUCCGUGGUCUCCAAAGCUUUCUGGACCAGGCCUCUCGACUGGGCCUUGAUGUCUCUUUACAAAAGGUGGACAAGAACAUCAGCCACGUGUUCACCAGCUUGUUCACCACGAUGAAGACGGAGGAGCUGAAUCGCUACCGGGACACACUACGCCGUGCCAUCCUGCUGCUCAGCCCACAGGGGGCCCACUCCUUCAUCAAUGAGGCCGUGGAGACCAACCUGGCUUCCAAGGACAGCCACUGGGUCUUUGUCAAUGAGGAAAUCAGUGACCCGGAGAUCCUGGAUCUGGUCCACAGCGCCCUUGGCAGGAUGACCGUGGUCCGUCAGAUCUUCCCGUCCGCCAAGGACAACCAGAAAUGCAUGAGGCACAACCACCGCAUCUCCUCCCUGCUCUGCGACCCCCAGGAAGGCUACCUCCAGAUGCUGCAGAUCUCCAACCUCUACCUGUAUGACAGUGUCCUGAUGCUGGCCAACGCCUUCCACCGGAAGCUGGAGGACCGGAAGUGGCACAGCAUGGCGAGCCUCAACUGCAUCCGCAAAUCCACCAAGCCAUGGAAUGGAGGGAGGUCCAUGUUGGACACGAUCAAGAAGGGCCACAUCACCGGUCUCACCGGAGUGAUGGAGUUUCGGGAGGACAGCGCAAAUCCCUACGUCCAGUUUGAAAUCCUUGGCACAACCUACAGUGAGACCUUUGGCAAAGACAUGCGAAAGCUCGCGACCUGGGACUCAGAGAAGGGCCUGAACGGCAGCCUGCAGGAGAGGCCCACAGGCAGCCGCCUGCAGGGGCUGACUCUGAAAGUGGUGACUGUCCUGGAGGAGCCUUUUGUGAUGGUGGCUGAAAACAUCCUUGGACAGCCCAAACGCUACAAAGGCUUCUCCGUGGACGUCCUGGAUGCGCUGGCCAAGGCCCUGGGCUUCAAGUACGAGAUCUACCAGGCCCCUGACGGCAGGUACGGCCACCAGCUCCACAACACCUCCUGGAACGGGAUGAUUGGGGAGCUCAUCAGCAAGAGAGCGGACCUGGCCAUCUCGGCCAUCACCAUCACCCCCGAGAGGGAGAGCGUCGUGGACUUCAGCAAGCGCUACAUGGACUACUCGGUGGGGAUCCUCGUCAGGAAGCCCGAGGAGAAAAUCAGCAUCUUCUCGCUCUUCGCUCCGUUUGAUUUUGCGGUCUGGGCCUGCAUCGCCGCGGCCGUCCCUGUGGUCGGCGUGCUGAUAUUUGUGUUGAACCGGAUCCAGGCCGCGAGGGCUCAGAAUGCUGCCCAGCCCCGGCCGUCCGCGGCUGCCACCUUACACAGCGCCAUCUGGAUCGUCUAUGGCGCCUUCGUACAGCAAGGGGGCGGAUCCGCCGCGAACUCCGUGGCCGUGCGCAUCGUGAUGGGAAGCUGGUGGCUCUUCACCCUCAUCGUGUGCUCCUCCUACACGGCCAACCUGGCUGCCUUCCUCACCGUGUCCAGGAUGGACAGCCCCGUAAGGACAUUCCAGGACCUGUCCAGGCAGGCGGAGCUGUCCUACGGCACCGUGCGGGACUCUGCUGUGUACGAGUACUUCCGAGCCAAGGGCACCAACCCCCUGGAGCAGGACAGCACGUUUGCCGAACUCUGGCGGACCAUCAGCAAGAACGGAGGUGCUGACAACUGCGUGUCCAGCCCUUCGGAAGGCAUCAGGAAGGCAAAGGAGGGGAACUAUGCCUUCCUGUGGGACGUGGCCGUGGUGGAGUACGCAGCCCUGACCGACGAAGACUGCUCCGUGACCGUCAUCAGCAACAGUGUCAGCAGCAAGGGCUACGGGGUCGCCCUGCAGCACGGCAGCCCCUACAGGGACCUCUUCUCCCAGAGAAUCCUGGAGCUGCAAGACACUGGGGACCUGGACGUGCUGAAGCAAAAGUGGUGGCCGCACACGGGCCGCUGCGACCUCGCCAGCCACGCCAGCGCCCAGGCCGAUGGCAGGUCCCUCAAGCUGCACAGCUUCGCUGGCGUCUUCUGUGUCCUGGCUGUUGGUCUCCUCCUCGCCUGCCUGGUGGCCGCCCUGGAGCUGUGGUGGACCAGCAACCGCUGCCGCCAGGAGACGCCCAAAGAGGACAAGGAGGUGAACCUGGAGCAGGUCCACCGGCGCAUGAACAGCCUCAUGGACGAAGACAUCGCCCACAAGCAGAUCUCCCCGGCGUCCAUCGAGCUCUCGGCCUUAGAGAUGGGGGGUCUGGCGCCCAGCCAGGCGUUGGAGCCACCACGGGAGUACCAGAGCACCCAGCUCUCCGUCAGCACCUUUCUGCCCGAGCAGAGCAGCCACGGCACCAGCAGGACCCUCUCGGCGGGGCCCAGCGGCAACCUGCCGCUGCCGCUGAGCAGCGCGGCCACCUUGCCCUCCAUGCAGUGCAAACACAGGUCGCCCAACGGGGGGCUGUUCCGCCAGAGCCCGGUGAAGACCCCCAUCCCCGUGUCCUUCCAGCCCGUGCCUGGGGGCGUCCUUCCGGAGGCCCUGGACACCUCCCACGGCACCUCCAUCUGA